AUCAACCAUCAGUUUCAAAUAAAUGAUUGAGAUUAAAAUACACUUUUAAUCACUCACGUGACUCACUAACAAACUUUCCCAAAACUUCUGUCUUCACUCUUCAUCCACAAAACCCUAGGCCAGCACGCGCUCUCUGCUGUGGUUUUGGGCGGUGGCUAACAGGGCGUAUAGUGGAACCGCUGGUGGUUGAGAACUUCGUAGUUUGUACAGUUGUAAUUUUAUUUUAUAUUAAUAUGGAUAUUAUACUUCGGAGGAGAGGAUUUAAAUUGAUUUGCUUUGACUAAAAUCAAAACCUUAAUUGAGAAAUAGAGAGAAUGGGAAUGGGGGAUGAUUACAAGUUUUUGCGACUUCGAGAUGCGUAUUCAUCUAUCAACCAGAAAGUUAACAUGAUUGCCGUCAUUCUUGAGUUCGGCUUCCCAAGGCCAACUAGAGGCACUGAUUACUGCUGUUCCGUACGAAUAAUUGAUGAAACACAUCAUGAAACCGGCAUGGCUGUUAACAUUUUUGCUGAAAAUGCUGAAAGACUUCCUCAUGUUGCUGCUGCUGGGGAUGUAAUUCAGCUUUGUCAUGUUGCGGUAAAAGCACAUGGUGGGGAAGUAAAUGCCGUUUUCAACAAAAAAUUCUCCUCUUUUGCUUUAUAUAAAGGGGAAGAUGGUGAUGAUUUUGCCCCAUAUCAAGUUUCUUCUAAAUUUCACCCCAGAGAUGAGGACAAGGGGUUCAUAGAUAAGCUUAGAAAAUGGCUGGUCAAUCUUCGGCUUCAGGAUGAUCCGAGUAAUUUUCCUAUGUUAGGAGAAAUCAAGGAAGGAAAUCACAUCAAUUUGGCAUGCAAGAUACUUCAUUGCUGCGGGGCUGCAAAAGAUCAAUGGUUUAUGUAUGCUUGGGAUGGUAGUGAUACCCCACCAAAUGCCAUAUGGUCAAAGCUAGAAGAUGAAAUUAAUGAUUCGCUCCCAUUACAACUGGAACCUUUGUCUCUGCCAAGGGAUUUAUUAUGUACUUUUCCUACUGUUGGAUCCAUCUUGAGGAUAACUUUUGAUUUAGGUAUUGAGAACAAUCAUUUCCACCUUCUAAACGUUGGUAAAUGGGUCAAGUUUGUCAAUAUACGUCUUGAGGUGCAUUCUGGACUGUGGCGUGGUGUUUUUACCUCUUUUACGAAGCUUCGAUAUACAUCUAAUGAGGACUGUCUCAUUGGAGAACGCCAAAGAUUGUCUGAUGAGCGGAUAUCCUUGAAAUCUAGAAGAAUACCUUCUUGCAGCUUCUCUGUGCCGUCAUGUAUUACAGAGGUUAAUCAUGAUCUUGCAACACCUGUUACUUUAAUGGAUGUCCUCACUCAUUCAGAGGUGACAGCUAAAUUCAAGUGCCUUGUUCGUGUGGUAGCAGCAAUGCCAUGCCAAGCAGACAGUCUCUGCUCUCCUGCUGGGAUAUACAGAAUGCGGCUAACCCUAGAGGAUCCAACAGCGAGGAUCCAUGCUUUUGUAGUUGCUGAGGAUGGGGAGACCCUUUUUGAUGGUUAUCCAGGCAUUUACAAGUUGACAAUGAAGCUUAACAGAUUGCUUGGAGUAGCUGAAUGUGAUGAUAGUACUGGGGUGAAGGAUACUCCAAGAAAUCCACCAUGGGUUUUUAUUUGUCUCAAGUCAUACUAUAUCUCAAAAACCGAGGCCUGGGGCAGUCGGCACUUCAGAAUAUUUGACACCAAAAUAGUGGGAGAUUCAUGAUACAUCGUUUCUUCUCCUAAGAGGAAAAGUCGUACCAUAUGUACCCUUGAAAACGCAACUAUAUUUUGGUAAGAUAGAAUGUGCCCGUGUGCAUAGCAUGCCUAGUCCCUUUUUUGUAAUCUUCCAGGGCUCCCAUUAUACUGGAUUUUGAAUCUAAAUAUUUAGAUUUGUUUUGAUAGCGACUGUUUAGCAAUGACUGCAAUUUACGUGCAGUAUUGGAACCAGGAAGAAAAAAAUUGGGACAAACCAAGAUUUGAACCUCGAAUAUUGUAAAUAUAUAGUGUAAAUAUAUAGAUGAAUUGCACAGAUUACGUAUGCCCAGGAUUUUAUUUACUUUACUGAUCUUUUGUGGGCGUCACCGUAUGCUACUACAAUAAACGCACGAUUUAUUUAUCAGAAUGGAUCCUUGUCUCCCGAUG